CGCUUCCACAGCUCCCGGCGGGAGAGAUAUGGAAAUGUCUUCAAGACCCACCUCCUGGGCCGGCCGGUGGUACGGGUGACGGGUGCAGAGAACAUCCGCAAGAUCCUGCUGGGCGAGCACACGCUGGUCAGCACACAGUGGCCCCAGAGCACCCAGAUCAUCCUGGGCUCCCACACCCUACUCGGCUCCAUCGGUGACCUGCACCGCCAGCGCCGCAAGAUCCUGGCCAGAGUCUUCAGCCGCGCCGCCCUGGAGAGCUACCUCCCGCGGAUCCAGAAGGUUGUGAGCUGGGAGCUGCGGGGCUGGUGCAUGGAGCCGGGCUCCAUCGCAGUUUAUUCCUCCGCUAAAACCUUAACUUUCCGCAUUGCAGCUCGGAUUCUGCUGGGGCUCCACCUGGAGGAAAAGCAGUUCAAGGACCUGGCCAAAACUUUUGAACAGCUGGUGGAGAACCUCUUCUCCCUGCCCCUCAACAUACCCUUCAGCGGGCUGCGCAAGGGAAUCAAAGCACGGGACAUGCUACAUGAGUUUAUGGAGAAGGCUAUACAGGAAAAACUGCAGAGAAACAACUCAGAAGAUCACAGUGAUGCUCUGGAUUUCAUAAUAAACAGUGCCAAGGAGCACGGCAAAGAAUUCACCAUGCAGGAGCUAAAGGAGUCAGCGAUUGAGCUCAUAUUUGCUGCUUUUUUCACCACGGCUAGUGCCAGCACCUCUCUGAUCCUCCUGCUACUGAAGCACCCCUCAGUGAUUGAAAAAAUAAGGCAGGAGCUGAUGUCCCACGAGCUGUACCAGCAGUGUGAGCGCUGCCCUGUGGGACCCUGCCCAGACACCCUGACUGCCCAGAGCAGGGACAGCGAGAAGCCACUUCUCCCCACCACGGCCAAAGAUGCUCGUGAGGACCAGAGCCAGCCCCUGGGCCCAAUGGAGGAAGGUUCUCCCCAGCCCCACACCCCGACGGAGCCCACCCUCCCCUGGAGCAGUCCCUGCGCUGGCCCCCAGCUCCGGGCACCAUCAGGACAGAGCUGUCACUGCCCCUCGGACAUCAGCCUGGAGAAGCUGAGCCGCCUGCGCUACCUGGACUGUGUGAUUAAGGAGGUGCUGCGGGUGCUGCCCCCCGUCUCUGGAGGCUACAGGACAGCACUGCAGACUUUCGAACUGGAUGGCUACCAGAUCCCCAAAGGCUGGAGCGUCAUGUACAGCAUCCGUGACACGCAUGAGACGGCCGCCAUCUACCAGAGUCCCCCCGGCGGCUUCGACCCAGACCGCUUCGGCGCCCCCCGGACAGAGGCGGCGGGCCGCUUCCACUACAUCCCCUUCGGUGGCGGGGCACGGAGCUGCAUCGGCAAGGAGCUGGCGCAGGCCAUCCUCAAGCUGCUGGCCAUCGAGCUGGUCAGCACAGCCCGCUGGGAGCUGGCCACCCCCGGCUACCCUGCCAUGCAGACCGUGCCCAUUGUGCACCCUGUUGACGACGGGCUGCAGCUCUACUUUCACCCCUUGCAGCCCAGCCACGGCAGCGAGGCCUGA